AUGUUUGCCAGGACCAGCGCGCUGGUGUUCUCUCCACAAUGUGGGCAGGUCAGGAACAUGGCUACCCUGAAGGACAUUACCAUCAGGUUGAAGUCCAUCAAGAACAUCCAGAAAAUCACCAAAUCCAUGAAGAUGGUGGCUGCAGCAAAAUAUGCUCGUGCUGAGAGGCAGCUGAAGCCGGCCCGCGUCUAUGGAACUGGUGCUUUGGCUCUUUACGAGAAGGCUGAGAUCAAGGCACCAGAAGAAAAGAACGCCAAGCAUCUCAUCAUUGGCGUGACAUCUGACCGUGGGCUCUGUGGUGCGAUCCACUCUGGAGUGGCCAAGAUGAUCAAGCAUGAAAUCGCCGCCCUGACCGAAGUAGGCAAGGAGGUCAUGGUGGUGAAUGUGGGCGACAAGCUGCGUGGUAUUCUGCAUAGAACUCAUUCAAAGCACAUUAUGCUGAACUGUAAGGAGGUGGGUCGCAAGCCUCCCACCUUUAGUGAUGCCUCAAUUAUUGCCUCUGAGCUGCUUAACUCUGGGUAUGAGUUUGACGAAGGAGCUGUGAUCUUCAACAGAUUCAGGUCUGUUAUCUCUUAUAAGACUGACAAAAAGCCAUUGUUUUCAACGGACACUGUCGCAAAUGCAGAGACCAUGGGCGUCUAUGAUGACAUUGAUGCUGAUGUUCUGAGAAACUACCAAGAGUUUGCUCUCGUGAACAUCAUCUACCUGGCCCUGAGGGAGGGCUCCUGCAGCGAGCAGAGCGCCAGGAUGACCGCCAUGGACAGCGCCAGCAAGAACGCUUCUGAAAUGAUCGACAAACUUACCCUGACUUUCAACCGCACCAGACAGGCGGUCAUCACCAAGGAGCUCAUCGAGAUCAUUUCUGGAGCUGCAGCUCUAUAA